CAUUGCUCACGUAGGCGUAUAAAAUGAGUACGGCUGGUUGAUGUGGUCCUCCACUCCAGUUCUCUCCCCCUUGCACACUCAUUACAAAUGCCCUCCAAGGCAAGAUCAUUGCUCGAGCUCACCAGGCUUCACUUGUUUCCAGUGGGGUCUGACUCCACGUUCUGGCCUUUCGCGUGGGGCUCGCUGGCGGCAUCAUACCAUGUAGCAUUACCCAUGAAUAAAGUUGUCAUGAACACUUUGUUCUAUGCGUUAUUAGGCACACUGGUACAUAGUGCAGGUUGCGUCAUAAAUGACAUGAUUGAUCGCGAGUUCGAUCGCAAAGUUGAACGUUCAAAAAACCGACCGAUCGCGUCGGGAGCUGUCACUAUGCCAGAGGCCUCAGUUCUUCUGAUCGUGCUCGUUGCUGCCAUCUUUUACAUGUUCUCAACUGCUGGCCCUACAGCUCUAUUACUCGGUCUUGUUGGACUCCCAGCAUGUGGUGGGACUUAUCCGCUAAUGAAGCGCUGGAUAUAUUGGCCAUCUUUGUACCUUGGUUUUGCUGUUAGCUGGGCCGUCCCAUUCACGUGGGUGGCAAUUACGGGUGAGUUUGAUUGGGGCAUGAUCCUGAAUGUCGGGGUCGCGUCGUGCUGCUGGACGUGUCUUUACGACAUUAUCUACGCGUGUCAGGACAAGAAGGACGACGAAAAGGCUGGAGUUAAGUCCAUGGCAGUCCGUCUGGGCGAUGGCAUUCGUCUUGCAUUGAGCGUAUUUGACGUGACGUUCUUUGUGUGUCUUCUAUGGGCUGGGUACCUGAAUGGCCAGCACCUACCGUUCUACGUGAUAAGUGUCAUUGCGCCCUUCCUCCUCUGUCUCUGGCACAUAUGGUCAUUUGAUCAUAAUGAUCCAAGAGACAGCUGGAAGAAAUUUACGGCAAGUCGCCACGGCGCAGCGUUGGUGUGUGUGGGAUUGGUCGUGGAUCAUUACUGUAAUCUUGUCUCCUUGGCCAUUUGAGCAUGUACUUUUAUCUCAGGCUGGAUUCAAGGUGACGCCUUCAACCAUCUUAUUAAUGUACUUACCACAACCUUGCACUUGCCUGUUUUUAUCCUACAGACUAAUAGAUGAGUGACGCAGACAUCGACCUACUUACUACAGUCUUUCGCUUUCGUGCUUUAUCCUGCAGUGCUGUUUAUGUUUUUUGAUAUACAAACUAAUAGACGAAUGAUGAUGGAGACAUCGCAAAUUAGUGUGAUGAUCACACAGAAGGCAGGCUUGUAUCGAGACUACUCACACUUCCCUGCAGAAAGACCCUUGCG